AUGAGCCGCUGGGCUCCGUCCUCCAACCGUGCAACCAGUGACCUCAGCCGUGUCGAGGCACCGGUAACGCUCCGUGGCUAUCUCCUUUGCGCUUUUGCAGCAUUUGGUGGUAUCCUGUUUGGCUACGAUUCGGGAUACAUUAGCGGUGUUCUCGCCAUGAACUACUUCAAGGAGCAGUUUGGCCAUCAUCAGCUCCACGACGCCGAUGCCUACAAUGGCUACAAUUACGACAGCUGGCAGAAAUCCCUGAUCACCUCGAUCCUCUCCGCAGGUACAUUCUUCGGAGCUCUGUUUGCUGGGUCUCUCGCCGACUGGAUUGGUCGUCGAACUACGAUCAUUGCAGGAUGCGGCGUCUUCUCUGUUGGUGUCAUACUUCAGGUGGCAUCUACCACAGUCAGCUUGCUCGUUCCUGGCCGGCUGAUUGCUGGCAUCGGCGUCGGCUUCGUGUCGGCAAUCAUCAUCCUCUAUAUGUCUGAGAUCUCGCCGAAGGCCGUCCGGGGUGCCAUCGUCUCCGGAUACCAGUUCUCAAUCACCAUUGGUCUUCUCCUGGCUUCGUGUGUCGACAAAGGCACUGAAAAUCGCAUGGACACUGGCUCCUAUCGCAUUCCCAUGGCAAUCCAAUGGCUGUGGGCUAUCAUCCUCGCCACUGGCCUUUUUCUUCUUCCAGAAUCUCCACGCUACUAUGUCAAGAAUCAGAAGCCGGACGAAGCUGCCAAGGCCCUCAGCCGUCUUCGUGGUCAGCCCGUAGACUCUGCCUACAUCCAGGACGAGCUUGCCGAGCUCGAAGCCAACUAUCUCUACGAAUCGGAGAAUAUGCAUAGCAGCUGGAUCGACUGCUUCCGUGGGGGAUGGAAACCUUCUGGAAACCUUCGUCGCGUUAUGCUUGGCAUGGCUAUGCAAAUGAUGCAGCAAUGGCGGGUCGGAAUAAAGAAUGCAUUCACCAUCUCCAUCAUCACCACGGUCGUCAAUGUGUGCUCGACUCCGAUCUCUUUCUGGACCAUUGAGAAGCUCGGACGUCGCGUUCUCCUCAUCUAUGGCGCCGUUGGUAUGCUGGUCUGCGAGUUCAUCAUCGCGAUCGUCGGCACCGUGGCUCCCGAGGCGCACGCCGCCAACCUGGUCCUGAUCAUCUUCACCUGCUUCUACAUCUUCUUCUUUGCCUCUACCUGGGGUCCCGCAGCCUGGGUCGUCAUCGGCGAGAUAUUCCCUCUGCCCAUCCGAGCCAAGGGUGUUGCGCUCUCCACCGCAUCGAACUGGCUCUGGAACUUCGUCAUCGGCUACAUCACGCCGUAUAUGGUCGACGCCAACCAGGGCGAUCUCAAGUCCAAGGUCUUCUUCGUCUGGGGCACGACAUGCACCCUGUGCGUCUUCUUCGCUUACUUCUUCGUUCCGGAGACCAAGGGCCUCAGUCUUGAGCAGGUUGAUCGCAUGCUAGAGGAGACCAACCCUCGCAACAGUGCCAAGUGGGUUCCGCAUGAUACGUAUGUGGGCCGUGGCGCUCGCGACGGUGUCAAGAUGGCCUCUCUGAGCUCUGAUGGCGGUGCCGACCACUUGGAGAAGGUCGACAAGCACUCUGAGGCCACCCAGGUCUAG